AAAUUGAUAGUUUUUCUUUGUUUUACUUUAAUUAUAGUUAUUUGUAAUAAGUAACUAUCUAAUACUACAACAAAUAAACAAAAACUAUGUCAUCAAGGAAAAAAGGCAACGCCCGUGGCAAUGGAAAGCGGACGAAUCAUCAUGUUGAUAAAGAUUACGCGGAACGAUUUAAUGAAUUGGCGGUGGAUUCCUCAGAGGAGAGCUCAAGUGGCUCCCAGUCCGACGGGGAAGGCACUGAACCAGCAUUCACAGUAGCCAUGUGGGACCUCAACCAUUGUGACCCUAAAAAGUGCUCCGGCCGAAAGUUGUCACGACAUAACCUCAUAAAGAAUCUCAAGUUAGGCCAACGAUUUCCAGGACUAGUUUUGUCUCCAGUCGGAACUCAGUGUGUUAGCCCUAAUGACAAGGACAUCAUGGAGAAGUCUGGGCUAGCUGUGAUUGACUGCUCUUGGGCAAAAAUCGAUGAGACUCCGUUUGGAAGAAUGAAGUCACCGUGCCCGAGGUUAUUGCCAUUUCUAGUAGCAGCAAACCCUAUAAACUAUGGUAAACCGUACCAGUUGAGCUGUGUGGAAGCGUUAGCGGCAGCUAUGUUUAUUACUGGACACAAACAAGAAGCCAAAUUCUAUUUAUCUAAGUUCUCUUGGGGACAUUCAUUCUUAGAACUAAAUUCAGAAGCACUAGAUCUCUACUCACAAUGCACUGAUAGCAAGAGUGUGUUGGAAGCUCAAGAAAAGUUUUUGGAAUCAGCGAGGAAUGAAAAAGAUGAGCGACCUAUGUGGCCACCCAGUGAAUCAUCCUCGGGCAGUGAUGAUGAAGAAACCUAGCAUAAUAUUUACGAAUAAUUAGUUUUAAGGAUGCUCGAGUAUGUUCAUCACUGAAUAGAAGAAAGAGCUCAAGGUUAUUUAAUUUAUUAAUACUUGGUAGUCUAGUUGCAUGGAGAAUAGGUAGAGGAACAUAAUUUUUUCGUUAUUGAUUCCAAACAUUGUACUGUAUGCUACGCUAAAAAAGUACAAUUUAGCGCCAUCUAGUUAUUCAUACUCGAACUGAAUCAACUAGU